GCCGAGGCCGGUACUCUCCUGCGGAUUGGGCUUUUACGCCCCGGUCCAGAGGGGGGCCGUAACAACACCGCUCCACCACUAUCAGGUGGGGCAGCGGGGGCCCAGCAGUUGGGGGGCCCAGCUGAGCACAGCUGCAGGGGCUUUUAAGCCCGCAGUCGGCUGGGGGGGGGGGCUUCCAUGCGCACAGGCCUUUCCCAAGCUGUGCACAGCUGCGGGGGCUUUUGAGCCCGCAGGCGGCUGUGGGGGGGCUUCCAAGCGCACAGGCCUUUCCCAUCUUUAGGCAGGCCUUAUUUGCGGCCAGGUUUUCCACGUUCACAGGCAUUCGCCGGCAUGGGCCCUAAGAAGGCCCCAGUUAAUAAGGGCGGGAAGGCCCCAGCAAAGAGAGAUGGGAAGGCCCCAGCAAAGAAGGGCAGUAAGCCCAUGCGGCCGGCCAAUAGGCCCAACAUCCCAGAGGAUUCCUCUGGGGAUGAGGGCGACCUGGAACUGGGUGCCAUCAGGGCGCUUAUUGCGCGUCUACAAGCCCUAGAUAAGCAGCGUGCCACCCCAGGGGGGGUGAUUUAGGGGGGGCCUUCAAGGGUGCCCCCACAGACAAAAAAUACAUCCAAAGGGGAUAAGAAGGCUAAGCUGAUGCAAGGUUUUGCGAAUUGUUUAGCAGCGCUGAAGGCGGUGGCUGGACCAUCUACAGCCGAACCGGCGGGGAACAGACCACACCAGGCUGAGCCAGUGCCGGGCAAUGGCGAGGACCGCGGGGACGGCCGGGAUGAUGAUGGGCCUCAGUUGAUGGGACCGCGGGCAGCCAGGCAGCGCGCCAGAGUCCUCAUACUGGGCCAUUCCUUCAUUUUCUGGGCACACAAGUGGGCGCAGGACGCCGACCCCGGAACCCAGCUGGGGCUGGGGCGUUGGGCCAUGGUGGAGUGGCUGGGACAGUGGGGCAUGCGGAGGGCCCAGUUCCUGCCGAUGCUGCGCGAGUUCCUGGAAGGGAAUCCUGCACCGGAUGUCCUGCUGCUGCAUUUUGGAGGCAACAACCUGGUGAACCAGUCUGGCAUUUCGCUUUCAAGACAGAUUGUCCAGGAUCUGGCAGUCGUCCUCUCUUGGUGCCCUGGGCUGGUGGUCAUUUGGUCUGACAUCACCCAGCGGAGAGUCUGGAGGGGGGCGGUAAAGCAGAACAAGGUAGAUAGGGCCAGGCGGGGGGUAAAUGCGGCUGUGGCAUGCUUCAUUGCCGCUGGAGGGGGUGGUUGCAUUCCGCACAAUGACAUCAUUUUCUCGCUCCCCCAGCUGUUCAGGGGUGACAGCGUGCACCUGUCCCCCCGGGCACACGGUACUUCCUAGAUGAUCUGCGGCUGGGGUUGGCAACAGUGUUGGUAGGCUUGUGGGGUGGCAGGGCGUCAAGCUAGGCUGACGCCCACUGUGGCGGGCACAGUGCGGAGGUGAACAGCUAAUGCGGUGCGGCACCUUAGGUAAGCUUGUUAGUUGUAAGGAGGAGGGGCUGAUCCCUUGAGGCUUGACAGAUCAGGGAUUCUGCCUUGCUCCUACCUCUCUGCAAACGACACCCUUCCGUAUGGCUAAACAGCGUCAGAUGGGUGGCGUUAAUUGCAGAGACCUGACCUUAGGUCAGCAACCAAGGGCACCCCCUUCUGGAAGGUGGGUUGCCUGGAGCUAAGGUGUCUGCACCAUGAGCUUUUAGGCGGGGCGGCCACGCGGUGGACCGCCCCAUUCGGGUCCGCACUGUUGCUGUUGUGAAUGCCAAUCCCAGCUGCCGUGCCUUGCAGGCACUGUUAAAAAACUUGUACCCCUAAUAA